AUGUCAAUGUUCGACAGAAUCAGUGAGCCAGUGGAGGUGGAAGACAUCAUCAUGGUCUUUCCGUCCAGAAUCGAAGUCCAAGCAGCCGACAUCUGGAUCGUGCGAUCUUGUCCAGAUGGAAACCCACCAUGUCCGCGAACAGAUUCCAUCAUGGUCUCCGCGGGACUCUAUGCCAGAUCGACCACACGAGGUCGGUGGUGUUUGUUCGGGCCAGACGUAGACUACAUCCCAGAUGAGUUUGAGAACGAAGAGGACAUUGAAAAUCGAGAACUCUUCUCGCUCAAAGACGUCCUAGACCCCUUGGCCAGAAUCCGUGGUCAAUACGAUAAUAUCCGAAUCACCGUCAAUCCCCAUGGAAAGGAUGUGCUUCGAGAUUACUUUUUGAGACUAUGCCCUCUCUGCAACAAUGAAACAUGGAACCCCGAGGAAGAAUGUCAUGAUGAUAUGUUUAUCGGUCUUGUCACCACGAACGGUACCGUGAUGGACCAGGCAUGCCCGGUUUGUAUGGGCUAUGAGUUCGCCGAGGAGGAUAUGGGCUAUGUGGAGGAGUUAGGGGAACUCAAGCAUAAAGUUUGCGAUGAGACAAACCCGAGGAAAUACGAAAAGGGCAAAAAGAAGUUUCUUGACCUGGUGCGCGAGAGAUACACAUUGCAAAACAAGCGAAAGCGAGAAAUGGGCCUCGAAUUGUGGAAUCUUGACGACCGAGUCCGACGGUACCGGCGGGGCUGGAUUGAGGGCAAGGAGGCCCCAGCCAAUUCUUCGACGGAAGAGGAAGAUGAGGGCGAGGGAGGUGUUGACGAGGAUAGUGUUGAGGACGAGGAGGAGGAUGAUGAUGAUGAUGAUGAUGAUGAUGAUUGA